AUGAACGGCUACGGUUCCCCCUACCUGUACAUGGGCGGCCCGGUGUCGCAGCCGCCGCGGGCGCCCUUGCAGCGCACGCCCAAGUGCGCGCGCUGCCGCAACCACGGGGUGCUGUCCUGGCUCAAGGGUCACAAGCGCUACUGCCGCUUCAAGGACUGCACCUGCGAGAAGUGCAUCCUCAUCAUCGAGCGGCAGAGGGUCAUGGCGGCGCAGGUGGCGCUGCGCCGGCAGCAAGCUAACGAGAGCCUCGAGAGCCUCAUUCCCGACUCGCUGCGUGCUCUGCCCGGCCCCCCGCCGCCGGGGGACGCCGCCGCCGCCGCCCCGCAGCCGCCGCCGACCUCGCAGCCGUCUCAGCCGCCGCCGCAGCGUCCCGCCGCCGAGUUGGCUGCGGCCGCCGCGCUGCGCUGGGCCACCGAGCCGCAGCCCGGGGCGCUGCAGGCGCAGCUCGCCAAGCCAGAUUUGACUGAGGAGCGACUUGGGGACGGCAGCUCCGCAGACAACACAGAGACCUUCAGCGACAAAGACACCGACCAGAGGAGCUCCCCAGAUGUGGUGAAAAGUAAGGGCUGCUUCACCCCGGAGAGCCCCGAGGUCGUGUCUGUGGAUGAAGGCGGGUAUGCGGUGCAGAAGAACGGAGGCACCUCCGAGAGCCGCCCCGACAGUCCCAAGUACCACGGGGAACAGAAUCACCUCCUGAUCGAGGGCCCCUCGGGGACCGUUUCUCUGCCCUUCAGCUUGAAAGCCAACAGACCGCCCCUGGAAGUGUUAAAAAAAAUCUUCCCCAACCAGAAGCCCACGGUGCUGGAGCUCAUCCUGAAGGGCUGUGGGGGCGACCUGGUGAGCGCCGUGGAGGUCCUCCUCUCCAGCCGCUCCUCGGCCUCGGCCGCCGACCGAACUUCGGCAGAGCCCGAGAGCCUCGUGUUGCCCUCCAACGGGCACAUCUUUGAACACACCUUGAGCUCCUACCCCAUCUCCUCUUCCAAAUGGUCCGUGGGAUCGGCCUUCAGGGUCCCAGACACGUUGAGGUUUUCCGCAGACUCUAGUAACGUUGUCCCCAACCCCUUGGCCGUGCCCCUGCAGCAUCCUUUCCCCCAGCCGCCCCGGUACCCUCUGAUGCUGAGGAAUACCUUGGCGAGAAACCAGUCGAGCCCCUUCCUGCCCAAUGAUGUCACCCUGUGGAACACCAUGACGCUGCAGCAGCAGUACCAGCUGAGGUCCCAGUACGUCAGCCCUUUCCCCGGGAGCUCACCCAGCGUCUUCAGAAGCUCGCCUGUCCUUCCCACGCGCGCCCCCGAAGACCCUCGGAUCUCCAUCCCUGACGAUGGGUGUCCGAUUGUGUCAAAGCAGUCUCUUUACACCGAGGAUGACUAUGACGAGAGGUCCGACUCCUCAGACUCUAGAAUACUCAACACAUCAUCUUAAAGUGGUACCGGGUGGCUGGUGACCAGGUGACAUUUUCUGUGCAUUUGAACUCUGACCCCCUGCCCUCCCCAGGAGAAACCUCGUCCUGUGUAUACCCUUUCCUUCUGUUUGACAAAGUGACUGUGCUUGA